UAUUGGAACACACCCACGUCAAGACUGAGUGAAUUGUGAUUGGUGGAGACGGCCGGGUUUCACGCGCUGAUUGGUGGAAUGUUCUGUUUCUGCACACUUUUGGCUGUUUAACAGCGGAACUCGUGGUGUAAGAGGAAGUAGAGAAAAACAUUCACUUGAAAGCAGGGAGUAAAAUCAACAGCAGUAGUCCGCAGGACGGUCCAGCACAAAAAAGACAAAGAGCAGUAGUGUCGGUGUUGCUGAGAUUUAUUUGUAGCGGACUUCUGAAGAGCUACACCGCUGGUCUUUUGAUAACGAAUUGGUAUGAAAGAUAGCACGUAUUAAUGAAAAACCUGUUAUGUAAUGGAACUGCCAGAAGAAAUCCUUGCCUAUAUUUUCUCUUUUCUCUCGCUAAGGGACAAAUAUAAUGCCUUCACUGUGUGUAAAACAUGGUCCAACACCAUGACAUAUCCCAGUGCAUGGACGCACACGGAAGUCAGGUGUGAUUCGGAAGCUAGCGUCCCUCAGAGCUUCUCUGCAUUUCUGCCUUUAGUCAGACACUUGAAGCUGAGUGUCAGUGUGACUGAGGCUGCCAGUCGGAAAACUGGACUCUGGGUCCUCCGCCAGGCCUUUUCUGGAGGUGAUGGACGGCUGCAAGUGUUGUGUGUGAACUGCUUAGGAAACCCACCCCUGUUCUACGCAGGACACGACCUGCUACAGGGUUUGGUGGACGUACUGACUGAUGGUUCGUCCCUCAUGGAGCUCGACCUGAGGGGUGUGCCCUUUACUUUGAGUGAUGCAUUUGUGAAGGGCGUGGCUGCACUUUGCCCCGCCCUUCGAUGUCUCUUCAUCAAUAAUAAUUCCCUGGUUUGUGGCGUCGUGGCCGAGACAGUGAGGGAGGUACUGAAGCUCUGCCCAGCCCUGAACACUAUAGGGCUCUUCCAGGCCAGCCUGUCUCAAGAUGUCUUCCAAGACCUCCUGUCACCCCAGCGAACAGCGCUGAAGCGGCUCGAACUGCGCUGUGAGCGCUCACUGAAAUAUGCCACACCCAUCCGUGAUCAAAUGUGGGCAGAGGUGAGGCGCAGGCACCCAGUGUUAGUUGUGGACCUCGAGCUGGAUCAUACCCUUCCGGAGCUGCAUGUUCCAGCUGUGCUGCAGCCCAGCAUCCCUGUUCGCCAGCUGCGCCUGCUCACCUGGACGUGGCUGCUGGAUGAAGUGCGCCUGGUGGGGCAGAGUUACGCAAAUACUCUGGAGGCCCUGGAAGUGCAGACCACACCCUCCCCAGAGCUUAAUGAUGCACUGGUCACCUUGGCAACACAGUGCACAAGGCUGCAAGAGGUGCACUGCUACUGCGUGGUGUCACCAGAGGUCAUAACAGCCUUCCGCACACACUGCCCUGACCUUCGCAGAUACACACUCAAAACACGCAAAGAGCAACACCCGUGGACCUACACCACACUCAGAUAACACAGAAGCAGACAGUUACACACACA